AGGAGUCCUAUAGCGAGGUCGUAGCCAACCUGGAGCGAAAGUUGGAGCAGUCUGCGAUGGGUGAAGGAUAUGAUAGUUCUAGGCUGGGAAAGGGCAAGGAGAGAUGCAGUGCAUGGCUUUAGUAUUUGAAAAAGUUUGGCCUUGAUGACGAGACUGAUGAGACUGAGGAAGAUGAAGAGGAUGAGUGGCUUGAUGAGGAUGACGAGGAUGACGAGGAUGACGAGGAUGGCUGGAUUGACGACGAUGAUGAGGACGAGGAUGAUUUUGGUGAAUUUAACACUACUGCAACUCAAACGGGAAAGAGGGCACAUCAGCAGAUUUCCUCUUUAGGCCUAGUACGAGCGUUGUUGUAGACUCUGAGUCAGCUGGGUUCUGCGGGGAUCGAUCAGCUUCGACAAUCAACAAAAUCAUUGGCAUUAAAGACGUGGUCUUGCUCCUGUACUAUUUCCAGAUUAUUCGUCUAAUUGCCCAAAAGGAAACAUGUCCUUUGAACUAAAGGAAAAGGGUAAUCGACUCUACAAAGAGGGCGAUUACAAUGGCGCUGAAGAACUCUUCUCUCAAGCGAUCCAGAAGAACACCCGCGAACCAACCUUCUUCACCAACCGCGCCCUAACCCGCCUGCGCCUGGAGAAAUGGCCCGGUGUCGAACAAGAUGCCCGCGCCGCCAUCGCGCUCUACGGACACGAAAGUCCCAACCGUCUCAAAAGCUCCAGUUAUCUUGUACAAGCACUCCUGGGCCAACACCAACCACAAGCCGCUUACGAUAUCGCCAUUGAAGCCUACCGCGACAGUCUCUCCGCCAAGUCCCCGCAGACCGAGAGCCUCUCCAAGUUUGUCCUGCGGGCUAAGCAGCAGAUCUGGGCGCUUAAGGAGACCCGACGCCUGCGCGAAAUGAACGAUACCCUUGCGACGGUGGAGGGGCUUAUCGAGGCUGAGCUGCAGCGCUCGCUAGACGACCUGCGCCGUCAGCUGGACGCCGGAGAGAUCGGGGAGAUCGGAUAUGUGGAGGAUGAGAAGGCACUGCGUGGGGACGUGGAGAAGAACAUCCAGAAUACUCGCGAGGCGUUCCGGGCUACGUCGAAGGGGGAGAUUGCUGAGCGGGUGGUGCCGGACUAUCUGGUCGAUGGGAUCUCAUUCGAGGUCAUGCACGAUCCGGUCAUUACGCCGUCGGGGACCAGUUUUGAUCGCGUGGGGAUCGUCAAGUAUGUUGAGCAGUCUGGGACUGACCCCUUGACGAGAGUGGGCAUGUCGGUUAAAGAUCUACGGCCUAAUUAUGGGCUUAAGGCGGCUUGUGAGGAGUUCUUGGAUAAGAAUGGGUGGGCGGUUGAUUGGUGAUCUUGCUUCCUUUCGCUCUAGACAUUGCCUUUUUUUUCUUUCUUUCUUCUUUUGCUUUUAUUAUUGCAUCAAAUACCCGUCGUUUUGCUAGCAUUUAUGGCGUUGGUUGGCUACCUAAUUUACAAUGUCAGAUAGAGUAUCAUCGCAAUGUAGAGUUGUACAAAUAGAUUCCCUUCAUAAUUCGCAUAAAUCAGUCAUCAGACUCACAUCCCGGCAAAAAUAGCUAGACUACCCCACUUCUCCCCCACCAUCAACAAGACUCAACCACCUCAACGCAUCUCAUCCUCCAUCACUACAAACCACAAGACCACUCCUAUCGAUCCUAUCUUUAUUCACGAAACAAAACGCCAAAAUGUCCGCCUACCUCAACACCAUCACCAAUACCUCCUCUUUCACCCCCGAGGUCCAAAAUGCCGCGGCCGCCCUAGC